CGACGUCCUGUAAGCCCACUCCUCCCAAGCCUCUUGGUUGUCUUGGCGAGUAGUACCAUCCUCCGAUGCUUGAUGUCACAUACAAUGGCAAGCCAACACGGGCACAGACGGGCUCGGCAUGCCUUCGAUGUCUUGGUGCUUGGAUUUUGUGUUUUCUCUUGGAGUUUCUUGGCGGCGUCCCUUUAUAAUCAACGGCGCCCGGAUUCCUUGGAACCUGCGUCAUUGUUUUCCAUGUCUUCUUUUUAGACAUUGGAAUUUUCCGAGUCGAAAACUUCCCAUUGGCUCGACGACGACGACGACGACGACAGCGACGAGGAAGAGUUACAGUUCUGGUAACCAGAAGCAGGUUAAGAGAACCAGUCUCAAUCGACCUGCGAGCCUUCCCGAACCUUUCGGUUUCACAGUCAGCCCGCCUGUCAGCUUGCUCUCAAGCAGGGCUGGAUUGCGCGCAAUUGGGACAUUUGAAGUCCCUUUCGAUUCUCGUCUUGUUAAAACUCCGGUUAUGAGGCUCAAUCAUGCCCGAAUCUAAAUUUGAGCGCCAUCCCUUCCUCCUCCCAACGGAGGAGGUUGCGGCCACGCUUAACACCGAUGUCGACAAGGGUCUUACAUCGGCUCAAGUUCAGAAGCUCCAGGAGGAGUAUCCUCCCAACGAGCUCGAUGCAGGUGGUGCCAUUCCCUGGUACACCAUUUUCCUGAAGCAGCUUUUCAAUGCCAUGGUCCUUGUCCUCAUAUUUGCCAUGGCUUUGUCGUUUGGUAUAUCUGAUUACAUUGAAGGCGCCGUGUUGGCGGCCGUCAUUGUGCUCAAUGUAUCAAUUGGUUUCGUGCAAGAGUAUCGUGCCGAGAAGAAGAUGGAUGCUCUGCGAGCAUUGUCAUCCCCUAGUGCUACCAUUCUGCGAGACGGAAAGACUCAGGUCAUCCCCAAUGCUGAGGUCGUUCCCGGUGAUAUCUGCAUUCUGAAGACCGGAGAUACCGUUCCCGCUGAUCUCCGCCUGUUCGAAGUGAUGAACCUGUCCUGCGACGAGCAGUCGCUCACUGGCGAGUCUAUGCCUGUUGACAAAAUCGUCGAGAACUCGAUUACAGUGCCUGGCUCCGACAAGUUGGCUGAGAGGGAUGAGGAGGUCGGCAUUGGUGACCGCGUCAACAUCGCCUACGCGACCACUGUUGUUCGUAAGGGCCGUGGCCGUGGUAUCGUUGUCGAGACUGGCAUGCAGACUGAGGUCGGCAAGAUCGCUGCUUCGACCCGCAAGAAGCCCAAGGCCGGCCGCUCCAUGAACUGGAGGAAGUAUGGCAAGCGCCAGCCCGUCGUUGGUCUCUUCAAGCGCGUGUACGACUUCCUCGGCAAGUUCCUUGGUCUCACCGAGGGUACUCCUCUCCAGAGGAAGUUGGCCUCGCUCGCCUACGUUCUCUUUGGCUGCGCACUCAUUCUGGCCGUGAUCGUGUUUGGUGUCAACCGUUUCCAGAUCAGCCACGAGAUUGUCAUUUACGCCAUCUCAACCGGUAUCGCCAUUAUUCCCGAGUCUCUGGUCGCUGUCCUUACCAUUACCAUGGUCCAGGCCACCCGUGUCAUGCGCAAGGCAAAUGUUGUCGUUCGUGAUCUGUCCGCACUCGAAGCCCUUGGUGGCGUCACCAACAUUUGCUCCGAUAAGACGGGUACUCUCACUCAAGGUGCCAUGAUUGUCAAGAAGGUUUGGCUACCUGCCACCAGGAUAUACACUGUUCGCGACUCAAUGGACCCCAGCGAUCCUACCGUUGGCAAGGUCACAUACGUCGAGAAGAAGCCUGGCCAAGAAGAGCCCAAGCGUGAUUACGAUGCCGAGCGAAGUGCCGGUGCUCUCAAGUUUGACGUCCCCGAAGAGAAGCUCAACCAGGCAGAGAACAAGCCCAAGAAGGUCGACGAGGCUCCUGCCGAACUGACAGAUACUCUCCGCAUGUUCCUGCUGGCAGGCGCACUUUGCAAUCUCGCCACUGUCCGUUACGAUGAAGAGAAGCAAAAGUGGCAGACUACCGGUGAGCCUACUGAGAUUGCCCUGCAAGUGUUUGCGCAUCGCUUCGAGCGAGGCAAGAAGGUUCUGGAGGGCAAGGGCUGGAAGCAGGUGUCCGAGUUCCCCUUUGACAGCACCAUCAAGAGGAUGAGUGUCGUGUACGAUGCCCCCGGCGACAACGACUUUGGCCUUCCCACCGACGACAGCUUCAUCUUCACCAAGGGUGCCGUGGAGCGCAUCAUUGAUCUCUGCAGCCAUCUUGGUCAGGGCGAUGACCUCCAGGAAAUGAAUGACGCCGCCAAGGAAACCAUCCUCGAGCAGAUGAACGACUUUGCCUCCCAGGGUCAGCGUGUCCUCGCCAUUGCGUACCGCAAGUGGGACGGCAAGUUCAAGCACCAGCAGAACGUUCCCGGCAAGGCUGGCAUCGAGGACCCCGAGAAGUCCGACGAGAACGUCCGCAGCCAGAUCGAGAGCGGCCUUACGCUCCUCGGCCUGGUCGGUAUCUACGACCCUCCCCGCAAAGAGACCACCCCUGCCAUCCGAGAAUGCUCAAGUGCCGGUAUCAAGGUUCACAUGCUUACUGGCGACCACCCUGCAACCGCCGCCGCCAUCGCCAAGGAAGUCGGUAUUCUGCCGUUCAACAUGGGCGUGCUCCCCGCCGAGAUUGCCAAGUCUGCCGUUCAGAAGGCUACCGACUUUGACAAGAUGACUGAUGCCGAGAUCGACGCGCUCCCCGAGCUGCCGCUGGUUAUUGCUCGCUGCGCCCCCGACACCAAGACGCGAAUGAUCGAGGCCCUGCGUCGUCGUUCAGCCUUCAUGGCGAUGACGGGUGACGGUGUCAACGAUGCUCCAUCCCUUAGCAAUGCCGACGUCGGUAUUGCCAUGGGUUCGGGUUCCGACGUGGCCAAGUCCGCCUCCAAGAUUGUGCUCACUGAUGACAAGUUCAACUCCAUCGUCGCCGCCAUCCGCGAGGGUCGCCGAAUGUUUGAGAACAUUCAAAAGUUUGUUCUCCACUUGCUGACUUCCAACGUCGGCGAGGUCAUCCUGUUGAUUGCAGGCCUGGGCUUCCAGGACGAAUCCGGCACUUCGGUCUUCCCCAUCUCCCCGCUUCAGAUUCUCUGGAUCAACAUGCUUACUUCCUCAUUCCCGGCUUUUGGUCUCGGGCGUGAAAAGGCAAACGCUGAAAUCAUGCGCAAGCCCCCGCACUCCACCAAGCGCGGUGUAUUCACCAACCAGAUCCUUGUCGACAUGUUGGUUUAUGGUUUCAUCAUGGGAGUCUGCACCCUGAUGACCUUCGUCAUCAUCGUCUACGGCGUCGGAGGAGGCCAGCUUGGCCGAGACUGCAACACGACAUACUCCGAGUCGUGCAACGUCGUCUUCCAGGCCCGUGCCGCCGUCUUUGCCGAGCUGACAUGGCUCAUUCUCAUCUCGGCCUGGGAGUUCAAGUCGCUCCGCCGCUCCAUGUUUCGCCUCAACCCCGACUCGACCAGCAAGUUCCCCUUCUUUAAGGACAUUUACGAGAACAGGUUCCUGUUCUGGUCCGUCGUCAUCGCCUUCUUCUCCGUGUUCCUGGCCGUCUACAUCCCGGGCCUCAACACCAACGUGUUCAAGCACCGCGGCAUCACCUGGGAGUGGGGCCUGGUGUUCGGCGGUCUGGUUGUGUUUGUCGUCGGCGUCGAGGCUUGGAAGUUCAUCAAGCGCAAGUUCAACCUCCUCAACGAGCACGCCGUGGUCCGUGGUCCGUUCUCGCAGGGUAGCGAGGACCCUGAGGGCAGGUCUUUUGUCAAGACUAUGAGUUUCUCUAGCUUCAAGAGCUCCCUGAGGAGCAGGAGCCGAACGAGGACGAUGGAGAAGCAGAGAGAUUAGGAUGCUAGAAGGGGAGAUGAUUGAACUGGUUGGGGUGUUCGUAUACCCAUUUGAAUUUUUGUUUAUCUGUUAUGGGAUGUCAUUUGGCAUCUGCUGCGAAUUUCUGUUCUUCAAUUUUUUUGUUUUCAUGUCUUUUUCCAAACCUUCUUAUUUCCUCAGGCGAUUGCUUUCUAAUACCGCAUCUUGUCGAAGCUGAGGCAAGUGGGGUCUAUGUGGCGCCCAGGUUGUUUUUUUUUGCAUUUCAGGUUUAUCAUCAUUCAUAUUGUGCAUAAGGCGCAUGGGUCAUGAUCGACUCCGACAAGGAGAUGGAAGGUGAACAAAGUCAAAAAAUACAAUUAAUGCUUAUAAGUAUAAACGUUAGGA